AGUCUCUUCCGCGUUGGAGCCGCUGUUAGCAGCUGUGCAACUGUCACAAACUUUCAUGUGCUCAAAGCUCAAAUGCAGAUAUUUGUGGACAUCCAAGGUGUGUGCCUGCAGUAGGACAGAUGGAGGGAGGACGGACAGCCACAGUGUCAUGGGAGAAUGGGACCCUAGCUCCUAUGGAGCAUCUCCGCCUAGAGAGAGCAGACAGUCCCACACCAGGCCUGGUGGAGGGGACUGAACCUGGUGCAGGUCAGAAGAGUGCUAUGUUUGUCCACUCACAGUCCUUUGAGGAUUUAACAUCAGAGGUCGAACAGGAGGAGCAAAGAGACACUGACAAGGACGAACCAGAGGAAAGCUGUGAGCAGUUACAGCCCCUUGUUGUUCAGGAGGAGAGCACAAAGGAGCUGAACAAUGACAUACAGUCUGACAAUAAGACCAAGGAGGAGGACGUGUGCAGCGAGGCUUGGAGGAGCCACAGGAAACACGUGUUUGUGCUGAGUGAAGCAGGGAAGCCCAUCUAUACUCGCUAUGGGACAGAGGAGGCGCUGUCCAGCACUAUGGGGGUCAUGAUGGCGCUGGUUUCUUUUGUUGAGGCUGAUAAGAACAUAAUCCGCUCCAUUCAUACAGAUGGGUGUAAGGUAGUCUUCCUGACAAGGAGUCCUCUGGUUCUGGUGGGAGUAUCUCGUAGCUGUCAGUCAGACAAGGAGCUUCUACGUGAACUUCAGUACAUCUACUAUCAAAUCGUCAGCCUGCUCACCCUGACCCAACUGAACCACAUCUUCCAGCACAAGCAGAACUAUGACCUGCGGCGUCUGCUAGCCGGCUCAGAGUAUCUCACGGACAAUCUCCUCCUCCGCUUAGAUCGAGACCCUGGCCUUCUGCUCAGUGCCGUCACCUGCCUUCCUCUGCCGAGCUCUUCCAGGGAUGUCGUUUCCUCCACCUUGCAGGCUGCCAAAUCCAAAAGCCUUGUCUUCUCUAUCCUGCUGGCUGGAGACCGUUUAGUCACUUUGGUGAGGAAAAAGGACCAGUUUUUACACCACAUAGACUUACACUUGGUCUUCAACCUUGUCGGAUCCUCGUCUUCAUUCCGCGAGGGUGAAGGCUGGACCCCCAUUUGUUUGCCAAAGUUCAACACUGCAGGAUUUUUCCACGCACACAUUUCCUACCUAGAACCAGGGUCGGAGCUCUGUCUGAUCUUGGUCUCAACAGACAGAGAGGAUUUUUUUAACAUGUCGGACUGCAAGAAACGCUUUCUAGAAAGGCUGACCAAACGUACCGCAUAUCAGGCUAUGAAGGAGGCACUCAAAUGUCCCACCUACUCUGUGGAGCAGGUGGGAAUCCCAGAACUUCGACAUUUCUUGUACAAGUCUAAGAGUUCAGGACUCUAUACCAGUCCAGAGUUUCCUGUUCUAUAUCAACCUGAAGAACAGCAAGAACGAAUCAUGAGCUUGUACCAGGACCUUCACAGUCAUUUGCACCAUCCAACAAGACCCCUGCGCUCCUUCUACCUCUGCACUGAAACAGAAAAUCUCUUAGCAUGGGUGACAAGUGGCUUUGAACUUUAUCUCUGCUUCACUCCACUGGCAACUAAGGCAAUAGCUGUCUCUGCUGUCAACAAACUGCUCAAGUGGAUCAGGAAAGAGGAAGACCGCUUGUUCAUUUUGAGUCCUCUCACAUACUAAACUCUCGCACUAUAAACCUAUUAAAUGACCCUGAAUGUCCAUGGCCUGGUGCUAAUAACUGUGGGUUCUAAAAUCAAGUAAAAGAGAUUUUAAAAGAGCUAUAUUUUACAAAACCUUUAUUUAAUUUUCUUUUUAAACUACUAUUGAUUAGAACAGUACUAUUAUUUAUAUUUAAACUUGGAUUUCUCUGGAAAAAAAAAUACAUUGGAACUUUAUCUCAUUAACUUCUAGAUGGAAACUUGAAAUCAGAAUGUAGCUUCACUGUAUUCCUCUCAGCUGAAAAUUAGCUAUGAACAACAUAUAAUCAUUAGGCAUUCUACAUGCAGCACCUUUAGUUUACAGACUCACUCCAGGAUUGUUUAAUGAUUUCCUUAAAUGUCUGUCAAAUGACUUUCUUAUUGUGUUAUUUCCAAUAGCUCAUAAUUGUGUUAAAAAUCUGGAAUUUCAAAAAAGUGGUUGCUGCUAACAAUGUGUUGGUGCAGCCAUUUUGGGCGUAUAAACUUUACUCUCACAGUUUGAGCAUGUUAAUUGUGUAGCCAAAACUCAGGCCAUUCUGCAGCUGUAUAUUUUCAUAUUUCAUAUGAAGCCUCCAGGACUCUAAUGAUUCUUUGUAUUAAAUCAGUGCCUUGUUCAUGUUAUUUUAUCUUGGCGCUGGAAUAGUUCAGGUUUUUAAACACUGUGAUGAUCUAAUUUCUGUAACAUGACAUUGUUUUUUAAUAGACUUGCCAGCAAAUACUGAUACAUUAAACACAAGACUAAAUCAAGACAGACCAGCAGAGCAGCUGCUGUGUUGACUAAACAAUAAGGAAAAGGUAUUAACAAACAGAACAUGUUCAGCCCUCACUACAUCCACACUGUGUGUAGGCUACAUGAUGUGCUUGGAAUAACCGGCAUGAAGUGUAUUUAUAACAAAGUGUUUAUUGUAUUAAUUAUUAAACUUACAUUUCAAAUC